AUGCCUGAGUUUACAAAGGAUACCACGGCCAAUGAGGUCGCAGCUUAUUGCUCUUCCGCAAUAGAAGGCAAGGUUGUGCUCGUUACCGGUAUCUCCCCUAAGGGAUUAGGUGCAGAGUUCUGUCUCUCAAUUGCUAAGCAUGCACCAUCAUUGAUAAUUCUAGCGGGACGGAAUGCUGCUAAAUCUCAGGAGACCUCGACUGCUAUCCAUGAUGUAGCUCCCUCGGUCCAGACACGUUUUCUCGAACUGGAUCUUACCUCACAAGCUCAGAUCAGAGAAGCAGCUAAGGUAGUUAUGAAGUACGCAGAUGUCAGCCAUAUUGACAUCUUAUUGAACAAUGCCGGUGUGAUGGCGGGUCUGUACCAAAAGACUGUGGAUGGCAUUGAGAUGCAGUUCGCUAGCAAUCACAUCGGUCACUUUCUCUUUACCAAUCUAAUCAUGGAAAAGCUAGUUUCUCCUGAUGCGGAGGGGAUGUGCCGAGUCGUGAAUGUGAGCAGUGAUGGGCAUCGCUUGUCUCCCGUGAGGUUUAAAGACUGGAACUUUGACGAUGGCAAAGCAUAUCAGCAGUGGCGGGCUUAUGGCCAGUCCAAGACAGCCAACAUGCUCUUUUCGAUUGCCCUUUCCAUAAAGCUGCGUCACAAGGGCCUUGUGUCGGUCAGUCUGCAUCCUGGUGUCAUCUCGACAAAUUUGGGUGGAGGCUUGCUAGUGGAGGCUUGGGAUGAAUUAGCUGCAACGGAUCAUGCCCAAGGAAAUCGCAAGUUUGCUGAUGGAUUCUCGUGGAAAACAGCACAACAGGGAGCUGCGACUCACGUAUUUGCAUCUUUCCAUCCAUCGAUACCUGACAACAAUGGCGCUUAUCUAGAAGAUUGUCAAGUUUUCUCUCCAGCUAAGGUCCGCUGCUGGGGACGAGAUCCUGUCGAGGCAGAAAAACUGUGGAAGCUGAGUGAAAUGCUUGUCGGCCAAAGUUUCGAGUACUGCUAG